AUGUCUGGUGUCUGCAUCUUACCGACGCCCAUCCGAGAGGCGACUGCCGACAUGUCCGCAACAUAUUCGUCAGAUCGAUCCGGUUCCGCAGAGUCGUCAGGUUCUUCCAUGCCUGGGUCGCAUCUUCCACAACAAGAGCCACCCAGUUCCGGCCCUAAUUCCAGGCAAAGCCGAAGGAGAUCUCAGUCUUUCGAUACGACGGACUCAGAUUCGGAUUCCGACGAGGGCCAAAAUGUAGGCCCACAGCCUGCUGCUACUGUAGGUGACGAUGCGACCAGCGAUGAUGAAAACGAUGAUGAUGAUGCGGAUCUUGGACCUCCACCACCUCCCGCAACGGAUGCUGGUAGCCAUGAUUCCUCACAGUCUCCCUCGUCGGACAAUCGUGUCCCCAAGCGUGCCCACGGUCUUAGUGAAGACACCGCGCAGCCACUGCAAAAGAAAAGGAAAGCUAUCGCUCUUGCACAUGAGGCUACCUAUCUGUCGAACCUUCCAUCAGCCGACAGAUAUUUCAAGUCGCUGAUGCAUCGAGAUACGGUCAACUCGGUCACUGUCACUCCCCGCUCUAACUUUGUCAUCACUACCAGCAUCGACGGAUGGGUCAAAUUCUGGAAAAAGUCGUCCCUCUCUUCCCGUGCCUCUGCAGAGUCCAGGCCACCCAGCUCUAGUAAUUCCGCCCUUUCAACGUCCUCGCUCUUCAGCGGCUCCUCUGUCGUCGAAUUUGUCAAGCAGUAUCGGGCCCAUCUCGCUCCCAUCAUCGCUUGGAGCUGCUCAGCGGACGGUGCAUCAUACGCCACCCUUGAUGCCGAGGCCAACGUCAAAAUUUUUGACGUUGACAACUUCGAUCUGAUCAACAUGAUCAAGUUGCCAUUUAAGGCACGGACCUUAGCAUGGGUUCAUCGACAAGGCAGUGCACGAUCGCUACUUGCCAUCACAGAUGAAGAGUCGAACCUCAUUCGCAUCUAUGAUGGUAGAAGCGCUCCAGAUGAGCACUUGCAAGAGGCGCAUCUUGACACCGACGACCCCAGACAGAGCGAAUCGGAUCCUGCGACAGCAGGCAUAAAAUCCAUUGGGACAUCCCACCAGCCUUUGUUCACAGUCUCCAAAGUGCACCGUGCUCCCGUCCACAUUCUCUGUUUCAAUGCGCAGCACAACGUCGUUGUGUCGUGCGACGUCACGGGCUUUGUUGAAUAUUGGACCACCGAAGAGCCCUUUUCGGCCCCGUCAACUUCCAAGAUUACGGGAAUGUUCGAGCUCAAGUCGACAACAGAUCUUUUCGAGUUCAAAAAGACCAAGACUGUCCCUACAACCCUCACAAUCUCCAAGGACGGCGAGAGGCUGGCCAUCUUCUCUAUCUCUGAUCGUCAAAUUCGUAUCUUUGACUUCCGCACUGCAAAGAUCAUCAGACGCUACGACGAAAGUCUGGAAGCGCUUCAGGCUGCCCAGGCUUUGCCACCACCGGAAGAGGCUUCUGCCGUGCUGGAAGGCAAAGGAGAGAACAAAGGCUUGCUAACCAACGGUGCGCAGGUUGAAGUAAAUUUCAAGGUGGAUCAGAUGGAGUUUGGACGCAGGAUUGCACUCGAGCGGGAGAUCUCGGCUUCGAGCGCCCAGGGCCCGCUAUCUGGACUCGCCAAUGCGGCUUCUGCCGCGCUUUGGAAUGUUCUCUUUGAUGAAUCGGGCAACUUCAUCAUCUUUGCAUCGCUUCAAGGGAUCAAGUUUGUCAAUCUGGUAACCAACCGAUGCGUUCGUCUGCUCGGAAAGGACGAGAGCGUCCGGUUUAUGCAUCUUGCCCUGUUUCAGGGUGCGCCGGACAAGAAGCUUACUUCACUCGCUGCAGCUGCCUCCGAGAAUCCUCUGCUGGCAAAGCAAGGCUUGGUAGAUCCAACACUGUUUGCGACAGCGUUUGGACGCGCAAGAUUUUAUAUGUUCACCAGGGUCGAUCCGGAUGCGAUGGGUGCAUCGUCAGGCGAUGGAGCAUCUGGCGGCGGCGCGAGCGAGAAUCGAGAUGUGUUCAACGAGCGUCCCACUCGCGAGGAACAGACGAUUGCCUCAGCCACAGCCCAGGCCGGCAGUGGUCUGAAUCGCUCCGGUGCCGGUGCUGCGGACAAGAACGCAGCAGGUGGCAGCGUGAAAAAUACCAAGGCAACCCUACACACAACACACGGCGAUAUCCACCUUACGCUCUAUACCGAACUGGUGCCCAAGACUUGCAAGAACUUCAUCGGUCUUGCCAAGAAGGGCUACUACGACAACGUGAUUUUCCACCGCAUCAUCAAAAAGUUUAUGCUGCAGACCGGUGAUCCGCUCGGCGAUGGUACGGGCGGCGAGAGUUUGUGGGGCGGCAACUUUGAAGACGAAUUCCAUCCGAGCCUGAAUCACUCGAGACCGUUUACGCUCAGCAUGGCCAAUGCAGGGCCUAACACCAACGGCAGCCAAUUUUUCAUCACCACCGUUCCUACACCGUGGCUAGACCGCAAGCAUACCGUCUUUGGCAAGGUCGACGCUGGCAUCGACGUCGUCAAGCGCAUCGAACAAGCCAAGGUCGACAGCAACGAUAAGCCCCGACAGGACAUUCGAAUCAUCAACGUCAGCCUUCGAUGA